AGGCCUCGAUUCUCAGGCAUGUCAUUCUUGUCUAUCGCCGUCAUCGCGAAAGGUUAUUUCGAUUCUACUUUCAGUUACUUAGAGUAUCCAGCUUAUAAAAGGCCACAUUCUUACCCCCAUCCCCUACUGCUCGCGGCAGCAUACUCGCUCUCGAUCGUCUACCGAAAUCAUGCCAUGACGAGACUCCCUAUGGUGUUUACUAUCCUCAAUCUGGUAUCAGCACUGAUUCUCAACUACAUGGUGCUACUCGUUCAUGUAGUGGCUCCAUGGUCGUCCCAGGACCUGUCCUCGAAUCAUUGGACGGCAGAGGGAUGUCAACUCAAGAUACCGUCAAUGCAAUAGCUCGCAAGCAACGACUUACGCAUAGUCCAGCAUUGAUUGUUCCGCUCAAGAAUCGUCAACUAUAUUCGCUGUGGCAUCGAAAUACGAAUGCAACUAUUGUGGCAAAGGCUUAGUCGACUCAGCAGUUUGAGAAUCAGUCUUUCGGUAAUUUCUCAGCUUGCUCAUCUAACCCAUACGACUUUCUUGCAACCUUGUCCAGAUACAUCUCAGUAGCCAUGCGGGUGAAAACGAGCUUUCCUGUGCACCUCCUAAGUUUGUGGACGCGGUUUCAGUAUCUCGAGCAACAUGUGCAGGUUCGUGCCUCUGGACCGCUGCCAGAAGAGCGACUAACAUUCAAGGGAAAAAGAAAGUGUGCUUUGGUACAACUCUAACUCACAUGUCACCGACUUGUCAGACUAACCAUGAUAAUCAUCCCUCGAAAAGCUAGGAAGAUAUCAGCCGACGCUGGAUAACAAAACAUGUGCAUUAAAGAACAGCAAGACAUCAUAAC